AGUGCGAAGAGACACGAUGGCGAUCGGGAACCUUCGUGGGGCGUUGGGGACCAUGGCGGUAGGCUUGCUAGCCUGCUCGCUAAUCGUCCUCAUGGGUAGAGGAAGACUUUCUCCACAGCCAUCGCUUCUCAGACAGAAGAGGUGGUCACCAGCCAUGGGCACAAACUCUGUGUUCCUUCCCAAACACCCAGCAAGGCGCCCUGACCACAAGGCUCUUCUUGACGUCGCCACUUUCCAGCAGCUCGCUGAGAACCCCAACUGCUGCAACGACCCUGUUGUACCUGUAGAGGAGGUCUACCAAGACUUCAACAUGUGCCAGAGCUGCCUGGCUGAAUGCAGCGCCUACAAGGCCAACGACUGCAGCUUUGGCUCCAUGAGCGCGGCCUGCCUUCCCGACGCUCUGUUGACGGAAUGCGAAGAGUGCGCCACCAAGGGAUGCACACAAGUUGUGGAGUUCAUUGAAGGAAACGCGAUCUUGAACGAGACUUCAAAUGGGGACAACAUCACCAAGGUGGAAAUCUUCACCGAGCUUGCUUGGGCGCAUGCACAGAAGGAGGCGGUUGCCGACCUCCCUGUUCUCAAGAAGUGCAUCGACGAGGCCUCUACCGUAGGGUUGGCUGAGAAGUGCUUGGCUAAAUUCAUGCAUUCUUUCCCUGCCACCAUCCUCUUGGAGGCUUCUAGCGUUGCAGAGACUGUGGGCCCCCCUACAUGCUCCAACAGCUACACCGGCGUGAAGUGCGAUCCUCUUCCCAAGCCUUCCCUGCACGGAAAUACUUGCCCACAAGGCUUCAUGUGCAUGCCUGACCCGAUGAACUGCGUCUCCUGUGCCUGCUCAUGCAACGCCCCUGACGACAAGAUUGCAAACCUUGAGCAAUGCCUCACCAAAGCUAAGAAUGCCAAGGCCGGCAGUUUCUGCUUGGCCAGCCUCUUCACCCAGCUCCCGCCAGGCUUCGUUCAGGAGGCUGUCAAGAAGGCUAACGAGCCCCGUGGAGCAUCCGAGCACUAUUCUCAGAUCUUCGAGGCUUGUGGUGGUGGAGAAAAUGGAACAGCAAUCGUGUCCUCUUGCUUGCAGCAGAUCGAGUACUGCGUCAGACCUUUCCAGGGCAAGCCGGGUUCCUUCCCCUCCGACUUCAAGCAGUUCCAGCCUAUCUGCGAGUGCUUCGGGAAGGAAGAGGUCCUGACAGCCUGUGGGGAGACUGAGGAGGAACAGAUGUCCUGCGCCACAGCCAUCCGAGAGCAUUACGUUCUUCACGUCCACCACAACUAUUGCCUCCACAACACGGAGCCAGCUUGCGACUUCCAGUGCAAGUGGCCUCUGCCUGGAUUCUUCGGCGAAGUUGCACAAGCUGGGGGAGCCAAGUAG